UAUCAAAAAAUAAUGGUGCUUUGGUUUAAUAAAAAGAAAAACUCCAAUAGAAAAAAAAACAAAUACAAAAAUUAAAAGUGAAAAUUGUUAAGUGGAUCGAGUUUCCCUAACAAAGCGUGCGGCAAUCGAAUAAAUCAUUCCAGUGUCGUUUGUAUUUGUUUCCCGUUCGUGCGCUACCGAGUGGCCAAAUAAAAACGCACCCUCUCUAACCCCUUAUGGAACGUCCCAGCCGAACCGGGUGAUGAUUAGUAACGAAAACCAAUCGAUCUUCGUUAAAAAGAGCACCCCAGGCACCGCUGAAAUGACGAGUCGACAGAGUCUCAAGAGUCUGAUGGUGUGAGGUUGAAAAUUUGGAGAAAUUUUGGUUUCAACUUCACCGCUGCGGUGUGCGUCCACCAGCUGUUGUUUCGGUCGGUUAAUUUGAUGGGAAAAUCGUCUCACGUACGAUCGCUUCAGACGGGGUAGGUGAAGGUCGUGAAUGGAUGUAAUAGUGACGAAGAGAUCCUGUAGCGCAAGUGUAUGGAAUCACAUCGCGAGAAAAGGAUCAUGGCGAUACCGAGCAACAAGCGCCAUGCCAAGAACUUUGGCCGACACAGCGUGAAGAGCUUGGUGGUGGUGGUGUUAAAAGUUUGAAAUUAAAUUAACAAAAAAAAAAAGAAAAAAGAAAGCUAGGAAAGGAAUACAGAAAACGUGCCCAGUGAUCCGCAGGAAUUACGUGAAAGAUUUGAUUCUCUUGGAAAAGUGUAUGUGUGUGUGUGUGUCUGUAUGUUUGUGUGUGCUAGGUUAAGCUUGUCGAUAAAAGUGUGUACAUUUGUGACGUGGUGUUGUGCUGUGGUGUUAUCAGAAUGGUCCAGUGAAAUUGAUACUGUUGAAGAAUAAUUUUACGUGCAUCGAGGCUCAGUUCCGUUUCAAGCGCACGGAACAGAUUUUGUAAAGUUGCUACAAUUUACUAGCGAGUGUGUUUUUUUGUUGAGCCUAUACAAAAAAUAGUGAUCCUAGCGAAGUGUACAUGUUGUGAAGGGUUCAUUUGUGUUAGUUAAGUAAUCGUUAAUAUAAAGUGUUAAUAUUCUAUUGAGUGACAACGAAAACCUUGCAGCUACAGUUAAAUGCACGUACGGCUUCCGGUGCCAGCUGGUUGCAGCCUCUUCGUUGUUGCUGACGUGGCAAAACUCAUAGAAACGUUUUGGGGAUGAAAACAUUGAUCGAAAUCGAACACCGACAGCCACAGGAUGCAGCAACAGGAAAAGCGACGCGAGCUGCGUUUAAAACGAUUCUGGCGCACCACAACCAAACCGCCGACGUCCUCCGAGGAGUCCGGCGGUUGCGAAAGUCCUACAAAACUCGGACGAAAAGCGUUCCAGCAGCCGUCCGGACCGGGUACGACCGCCAGCAGCAGCAGCGAUAGUCCACCGAAACAUCCGACCUGUUCGCUACCGCUGUUACAAGUUUGGCCCAGCCAGGACUCACCCCGUGGUGAAGCGGAUGGACAGAGUUUUGUCUUUCCCAUCAUAGCCGACGAUCAGCAACAAAGCUCCAAUGGACGGCGGAACUCAUUGUUCGUGGAUCAGCUGCAGGCGGGUGACUCGGGAAUUGAUUCCGUACAGGCGUCACCCUCACCGAUCGCAAUGCCCUGCCAUCCGCUCGUCGUGUCCAAUGCGAUCUCACCAAGUGCAUCACCUACGGCCGGCUCACCGACACCCUCAGUAGACCGCACCACGAGACGUCCGUCGACUUCGUUGCUACAUCCGGACCAUGCGAGAAUCUUCGCACUUCGAGCACCCUCCUCCCCGGACCAAGUGAGCCUGGCUAGCCUGCCAUUGUUCGACAAUCAUAGGACCUCUUCCUCGCCUCCCCAUCCAAUGCACACUUCGCUCGAAGACAGUACCGAGUUUAAUGGGGCCACUACCAGCAAUCAUCUCUGCACCGCUAGUUCCAGCACGACCUCCUCCCUCACGUCAGUAGCCGUCGCUACGCUCGGACAUCACCCGCAGCGAUCCUCCGAUCCUUGGCUAAGACCGGAACGUGACAAAGACAACCCAGAGCUGGACCAACGACGUGCCUCGACGAUGACGGCUCGCUUGUCUCUGUUCGAUGCACUCGAUCUCGAGUACGCCCUACUCCGAGCGGCAGCACGCGGGUCAGUAGGUCCGUACUCCCUCAGCGAGUCACUCCACAAGCUUACCUUCACGCAAUCGCUUGCAUUUCCUGCACUGGCCCGGGGACUGGCGACCAAGCGACGCAACUCGACCGAACAGAGCUCAUCCCGGCCACUAAACCCGAACGAAUCGGGGCUAAACACCUUCGCGAAAGUCGUGACCGCGUGCGUACUGGUGAUGGUGAGCUUUCUCGUGUUUCUGGUAGUGUACAAGUACGUGCGGACGUGAGGUUUGCUCCUGGCCCCGACAGAGGUUGCCACCGUACAGGCAACCACGACCAUCGCCACGACGUUCCAUCAGCACGUCGCGAACAAAACGAUGGUGUCGGGGUUCAGGAAGCUUUUCAAUAUUGAAACGUAACGCCAACCAGCGUGUGCUGAUCGACGAAGUUGAGGCCAUGUUUCGUGUGAGUGUGAGUGCGUAUGUAAUGUGAAACGGUGCUGUGCAUUCCCAUGUGCUUAUCCGGGUAUCUGUGAACCCGGCACGGGAAUAAUGCUGUCCGAAAUCCAAUCAUUUUCCUCUAGCGGUAAUACUAAAUCGAAACAAAAAAAAGUGCAUUCAAAAUGCUUGAAAUUCGUAUCGUAUCUUACAACUAUUCUAUCAAAACGAUUAAAACUAAAACCAGUGAUGAGUGAUGAGGGCUGGGUAAAUGCGGGAAAUGAUCAAUCGGUUUCUGUAGUGCAAAAUGGUGUGUGAAACAUUCGCUUUAGGCGUGAUAUGCGUGAUGUUUGGCAGUGCUUUUUACUUUGUCUCGUUCUGUAGGAAAUGAUUUUUGGCGUUUUCAAUCAACAGCAAACAAAAGAUCCACGGAAUGAUCGUACUCGUCUGCGUCUAGAAUGCAUAUCAUUCGUUUAAUGAGUUGAGACACAUUGUUAAUGAUAGAAUGCAUAGUGUUACGAAGCAAAAUUCGAUUUACAUCAUAUAAAAAACAUUACAUUCAUGCUUCGG